GUGUCUUCGUGCUGUGAGGGAAGGUUUAAUUCUGGUGCAAUGAGGAAAAAUCAUGCUCUUGUCGUCUGACUGUGGUUCUACUCGGAGCUGAAACAAUGAAACCAUACAAAGCCCAUUGGCCCUUCCAAUUCAGCCUGGCUCUAUUUGCUUUCGUUGAAUUGGCUGUUGGAGAGGAACAGGAGUUGUCAGUGACCAUUGGAAAUGUUGCUCCACUUAGCUGCAUAAUCUCACAGCAGCUUCCAUAUGACCGUCCUGUGGGUUGGUACUGGUCACCGAUGUAUCCAGAAUGCAGUGGUUCCGAUGGCGGCAAGAUUCUGGACAUUUAUCCUGAUGGAAGAACAGUAUUUGACGAGGAGUUCAAAGGGCGAGUGCUGGUGCACCGAUCAAAAAUCAAAAAGGGUGACUAUUCGAUCACCAUCAGGGGAGUGAUGAUACCUGAUUCAGGGGAGUUCAUCUGUGCCCAUGAAGACUUACCUGAGGAGAAGAAAGUGAGACUAAUCGUGCAACAAGGGUGCUGGUCUAAUCUACAUCUGUCCGUGGAUCCACCAAUUGUGUCAGUUGGAGACAAAGUUACAUUAACCUGCACCUAUUGUGGAACGAAAACGAUAACACCCCGAAUCAAAUGGCAGUACGAUGGAUUAGCAAUAUCAGACACUGGGGUUGUCAGCAUAAUCAACAGCGGACAAUCUCUUGUUAUUUCUCGUGUGGAUCAGGAGCACCUGAAGAAGUAUGGAUGUAGCAUGGCCAAAAAAGAUUCAAUUGUGACUGAAAUAUGCCUGAACAUAGAACUUGAUUUCCUAGACAUCACGUUUGCUGGAGAUUACGAUUACCCAGUGAGUACACCAAUUCCCGAAUUGACAAUGACAUCAACCACCCAAGAAAGCACCACGACUGUGGCACCAAAACCCGAGACCACAAACGCUUCACCGAACGUGUGGAAUGGUGUAGAGUGGAUGCAGGACACCUCUUCCGUUACAAGUCGGCAACCGGAAAAUUUCCCCACCACAGUAACGGAUCCUGUAAAACCCAUGGAAACAUCAGAUCCAUGGAACGAGGACGUAAUUCCUGGUCAGCUGGGAGCCACUGAAAAGCUCUGUCCAGUCGUGGUAGGAAAUGACAGGAGGGGUGACUUUCCAACGUACCUGUGCAUCAUACUUGCUGGAAUUCUCCUGUUGAUAUUAAUCGGGUUCCUCACCAAGAGAUACAGAAGAUUCUGUAAAUUUGGAACCCAUGAUGUGGAACAUAAUGCAAGUAAUCCAAAUAAUGCUGAUACCCCAAGUUCAGAUGUACCUGAAACCCAAGACGCUAUUCUGAUGCAGUCAGAGAAUGAUGAUGGUGCGAAGGAAUCUGCAGAUGGGGAAAUGCAGGAACCCAACAAGAAUGAAGAUGAAGAUGAAAAUACAAGUGAAAAAGAGAUUAAAGAAGUUGAUGUGGAAGACCCUAACCAGGCAAAAAAAUCAGAAAUCGAAAAGUCGGAAGAGGAGGAACAGCAAUAAAUGAAUGAUCUGUCGAAGGCACAAAUUAAUUGUUUCCCAGUUUACACAAUAGCAGUCUGUGUUAAUUCAGUGCCAGUGCUUUGCUUGCUGACAUAGAAAUGAACGUCAUUCCUGAGACCAUGUUAACUAAAUGUAUACUGUACUUUCUGUAAUCUUUAACCAUUCUAACUUUCAAUGAAAUCUAUUGGCUCCUUGAAGAAUUUUAGUUGCAUAGGAACAGGACCAAUAAAACUAUCAGUAUUUUACAAUACUACAGAUAACAACUUGACUUGAUUAUUUGUUCCUUGCUUGUUUGAAUGUGAUGCAAUAUUAGAAAUUCUUUAUUCAUGCUUCCUUAUAAUAAACUUUUUUUUGGCCCAAGA